AUACAUUUAUGAAGAUCUCAAAUACGAAAAAUCACACAAAAAAGUCCUCAAUGCUCAUUUUAUGGGCGGCAAGGCAAAAACAAUAAAUCACAAAAUCUAAAUCACACCUAAGCCAAUUGAUUGGCUUUGGCAACGAAGAUGACCCACCCGACAGAGACGAGAGGUACAGACGGACAAAGUUUGAAGAACAAAAACUAUCGAAUCCACUUCGGACUGGAGUGCACGCGUUUCUGUCCCCUGCAGACCAUUUGCAUUGUCAAGGGAUAGAGCUGACUUACAACGAAGUAUUCCGAGGAUAUACUCUCAAUGAAGAAUGUGCAAUGAAAACACCAAUUGAAGGAAGGAAAGAAGGAAGGAAGCAGAGAAUGAGGCCUUGCGAAGAAAAUAAGCUGCUAAGUGAUAAACUCAAAUAUCUGGUCAUCCAUUGUUAUAUCAAAUAUCGAGAACUUUCUGUGGCAUAGCUGGCCAUCAGUAUCAACUAUUUCGAUUUCGAAGCAAACCGAAGACGAGUUUUUUUUUUAAUGUUCAGUAAACAUUGUUCACCUGUGGAAUUUUGGCAAUUCGACUACUUUUGAUGAGGCAAUUAAAAUGGUUAUGAGCGGACCAGAAGCAGUAUGAGGCAUUUUCCGAAGGUGCAAUUGCAACCCAUCCCAAAUUUUGACGAUGAGCAGUAGUAGAAUCAACAAUACGAUCAUACAAGCAGCCAACGACAGCUAACUUUGUUCCGGAACUCAUUUACAUCCUAUUGAAGAAAAAAAACUAUGAAAACAUUCGAAUUGUAACCAAAAAUAUGCUAGUAAAGAAAAAUCAGUAGUUCCGACAUAAAAUUAACUCAUAAAAAAAGCAAUUUUCCAAUGUAAUCACUUUAAAACAAUCCACAAAAUUGGUUAUUGUCGUCAUUCAGGCCAAGUCAUUAAAACUUUAUGGAAAAACAAGUUGUGCAUAAAUUUGUUUUGAAUUGAGAGAUUUUUGUAUCAAACCAAAACACCGAUGUUAGCAUUUUGUUAUUGUAUUUGAUACGAAUUUCGCAUUUAUUUUGGUAUUUAAAAAUUUAAAUAAAAUAAGACACCUUAUUGACUCCACAAAAAGUUUUUCGAUCAAAAUAGUCAUAAUUUCAUUUGUCAUUCAGAAAAAAACUUGCAAACUAUCACAAAAAAUUUUUUUGAUCAAUUUAUCAAAAAUUUUGACUAUUUUGAUCGAAAAACCUUUUGUGAAGUCAAUAAGGUGUUCGUCUUAUUUUAUUUAAAUGUUCUGGACUUCACGGUGUUCAACACCAAAACAAUAUUUAAAAAUUGUUUGAAGCACGAGAGCACCAUCAAUUGUGCUUACAUUUUGAAAUUGUAAAAACAUCUUGAAAUAUGCAUAAAAUGCCGUGAACUAAACACAGUCAGAAUUCAGCAAGAGAAAAAAAAAUGUUUUAUUCAUUUUCCCCGUAGUGUAAUUAAAGUUUACAAUUGUUUUCAUACUUGGUUUGUUUACUAAUUGAAGCGUACGUAUGUUCUUUCAGCGGUCGCUCUUGGCAACGAUUCAACUAUUUGAUCAAUACGAAAAAAACACGCCCAAAAAUAACUGAACUAUUUGCAACUUACGCCUACUGCGAUCUAUUUUACGUCGAUUUGGAAUUGUUGUUGCCGUAGCGCUGCAAUUUACAUUUCAAAUUCCUAAUCGCAUAGUCAUAUCAACGUAUUACGAAAUAUUCCUUUGAAAAAGCCAUCAAAAUUAUCUAAAUUUAUGUGGGCUUAGUGAAAGUGACAUUUUGCAGUUGAUUCGACGGCUUUGAAAAAAUUGGAGAAGGUUUUGACGAAGAGUAAAAUCCAAAAGCGACUAUUGAGUCAUAAUUUAGAAAAUCGAACUCUGAAAUAAACAAAUUUCCAAUAAUACCAAGCGCCAAUCGCAAAGAAGACGUCAAAACCUUGAUAUUGUUCAAAAAGACAGGAUUUUUUUUCUCGAUAAAAUGGAUAGUUUACUGGCACCAACAAAAGAAGACUUAAAAUCAGUUCUCAAGUGUGAAUUUCGGCAACGACAAGAGCAGGCCCGUAAAGCACGUAUUUUCAAUCCUCGCGUUCGAUUGAUUGGCGUCGACAAAGAUGCGUUGGAUCAGCAUGUUCAUGAAAAACAGCACCAAAGACUGUCCAAAUACAAAGAAGAACUUUGCUAUGCUCUGGAACAAGAUCGCCAAACAGAGGCUCUAAAUGAGGAGCUGAAUAAGUUGGCCGAGGAAAAAUUCCAGGCUCAAUGUGAGCUGAAUGAAUACCGUAGCAACAGCCAACGGAAAGAACAAACACGUGAGUUUGAUUUGAAUGAUCCAGAAUAUCUGCGGAAAAUGUCACCUUUGGACGGUCUAGAUUGGUUGGGCGAAGACCCAGACAACUCACAUCGUAUACGACUGCAAAGAGAGCAACAGAAGUCAUGGCUGCAGCAGCAGGUCUACGAGAAGAAUCAAAUGAAACGAAACAUGAGUGAAAAGCAAAAGGCAAUCGAAAUGGAUGCCCUGUGCAAAGAUGAACAAUUGAAGCAAACAGAUCAAAUGGAACGUAAACAACGCCAAAAGCAACAAGCUGAUACGGCAAGGUACAAUUUGGCUUUGGCGCGGGAACAACGGGCCAAGCGUAUGCAGAAUAGACGGCGAGAAGAAGAAGAUAAUUUGGCAGAGAUUAUGAAUAACAUAUCCAGUGAUAUGCUGACGGAGAGCAAGGAUACAAGCGUAUCAUCGAGCCUUUUUGGCGGUACUCGCAUCAAUCCAACAAUGUACCGUGGCAUGACCAAUGAACAAAUCAGGGAAAUUCGACUAGAACAAGUUAGACAAAUCGAUGAAAAACUCUCGAAAAUGGCCAAAAUGAAAGAAAACGACGAACGCUUUGAUCAAACAAUGAAAGCCAGAACGAAUUUACUUGAGGCCGAAGAACACGAUGUUAGGAGACAAAAAUUACAAACGUUGCGUGAGCAGAGGUUUAUGAAUGCACGCCUACUGCAAGAACUAAAACAGAAGAAUCAUCACUUGAAUGAGGAAGUUUACAAAUUUAAACCAACUCAAGAAUAUUUUGAGCAAUUCAAUACGACUACUAGAUAAUUGAGGGGUAUUAUGAUUUUUUUGAGCAGAUAAUAAACGUGGAUUUUGACUCAAUUUCGAUGUUUUGGAAAUAUUUGGUUUAUUUCUUCAGAAAAUUUGUCAUUUUUUCUGUUUUGUUGGCGUUUCUUGAUUUUUAGCAAUUUAUUCUAGCUUUUUUAUUCUUAAUAGUUGUUUCAGAUCCAUUUGGAGCACUCUGAGCCCACUUUACCUUCAUUGGAGCACAUUGAGAACUUUAACACUUUCUUUGCCCAUAAAAUGUAGGAAAAUCAAUAAUUUUCUUUAGAUGAUACUUAAUUUGCUCCAUAUUUUGCUUUUGUAUUGAAGUAAAUUCUUCAGAUCUCAAGAAAAGAUUAAAAAAUUGCAAUAAAAACUUAAUUAUAUUCAUCCAAACGUGAA